AUGUCGGAGUGUAAAGUGCUCUCUUCUGAUGAGCCUCACUCACAAUCGGGGGGAAACGACCAAGUUAGUAAAUAUUUUAGAAGCUAUUCAUCCAUGGGAUUCCUCCGGAAAGGAAAGAAUAAAAGAAAACAAAGUCGAAGCAAUCUAUGUAGUAAACCCAAGGACUUUAAUGAAAGUGACAAGAAAACUAACAUGGUGGCAAAAAAAGGUGAGGUUCUUGGUUUGGAAGAAGUCUCUAAUGAGUUUACUUGUUCCUCAUCGAUUAUGGAGACCUACCAUCUUAAUGCUAACAAAGAGGCAAAGUUCAGCUUCCGUAAACUAGAGGAUGGCACUUUCGCCUUAGAAACCAAAAGCGAGCUUAUUCCAGACAAGAAUGAGUCUGGGAUUCUAAAGAGGUCCACAAAGACGCGGCACAAAAAAGGGCGUUACUCUCACAAGCCGUUAAAAAUUUGCUUCAAAAAAAGAAGCAAAGCUCUUCGAAAGUCUUCAGAUUCUAACGACGAGUACAAAGCAGACCAUAAAACAUUAGCGGGCUCAACUCCUCGAGAGGAAAACAGUUGUGUUGUGAACAGCCAUGACGAGUGUUCAGAACAAGAUCAGACGAAAAGAAAGACCUGGGCAACUUUGAAGAGUCUGGUAACUCGAAGAAGAAAGUUACGCUCUUCAGUAAAAAAGCAAUCCCAGUUGAGUGGAAGACACUUUGAAAAUGACUCCGGCAACGCUUCCAUUCAACAGAUUUCAAAGGAGAAAAGGUUCUCCAACAUGAAGAUUCCAUGUAUGAACUUUUCAAGAGGGAAGAGGUCCACAAAUAGCCCACUACCUACUGAAGACACACUUUGUACCAUCAGAUCUUCAGAUACCAGUGGGACAGAUUCAGGACCUGACUGUGGUAGAAGUGACAAAGCUUUGGCGGUUAAGUAUAAACUUCAGAAGACUUUAGAUAUAGAAAAUGGCAAAAUUGUUAGCAAUCUUGAUGAUGGUUUACAGACAAACAUGGAUCCAAAGGCAGAAGACACAGAUAAAAUGUGUAGGCCCUCAAGUAGAAAUUCUAAAAUGAUUCAGAACAUCCAAGAAACCGAUAGACCAAAACUGAAUGAGAACUUAUCUAUAAGUGAUGGAAUCCAACUUCUGACUGAUUCCCAAAAAAUGAACAGUGACAAUUCCCUUAAGAACCGUGAAGACGACUUGAAAGUCCCUUUGAUCAGUGAAAUUUCCAUAAAAAUUGACUCACCUUCAGAUGUGUAUGAAAUGCUUCUUAAUUCUGCAGCCGCUUCACUUGUCAGUACAGUUAUUGAAUCGUCCAUUCAAAAGUUUAUAGAAGAGGAAACUUUCCUUAAUCAUGUUCCGUGCAAUGACUCUGGAAGAUUCUAUAUUUGA